AUGAACACUAAAUUAUUUACCAUCAUUAUCACUGUUCUGUUUAUUCUUGGCGUCAUAGAGCAUGGAAUAAAUGCAAAGCAUAUAACUAAAACUUGCCGCAAAGGUCUAAAACUAUGUGAUAAUACUUGUGCUGACAUCACCUGUGACGAUAAAAACUGUGGAUUUUGUGGCAACGCUUGUAUUGAUGGUCAGAUCUGCAAAAAAGGAAAAUGUAUUUGCCCUCAUGGUUUAACACGGUGCGACGGUACUUGUGUCAAUACCACCUCUGACAAUCAAAACUGCAGAUCUUGUGGCAAUGCUUGCCUUAGUAAUCAAGCCUGCGUAAAUGGAAGAUGCAUUUGCAACAUAUCUGGUCACAGCGAAUGUCAAACCCCGUCAGCUUGUUUGGUGCCUCAAUUAUGUGGAGGUCCUGGAUGUGGUUGCGUUCAAAAUGUAGACGGAACAAUUUCUUGCAUUCAUAGUCGUGUUCAGUCUUUAAUCCCAUGUUCAAGUUCUCGCGAUUGUCCUUCAGGACAAAUAUGCGUCUUUGGUCCCUGUCCAGCAGUCAAUCUUUGUGCAGAUCCCUGUGCAUCCUCACAAUCUUCGAAUAUACUACCCGCAUCUAGUGAAAAUUCAAGUUAUCUAAUUCAAAUUCAGUAA